UUCUUUAAAAAUCAAACAUGUCAGACAGCAAGAGAAUUGUCCUCCUGGGGAAAACUGGAGUUGGGAAAAGCAGCGUGGCUAACACCAUAAUUGGAGAGCCACUGUUCAAGAUUGGACACUCUGUGAACUCUGAAACAAAUAAAUGUCAAACAGAAACUACACCUGUCGAUGGAGGAAACAUCACUCUGAUUGACACUCCUGGUUUCUUUGAGGACGAGAUGAAGUCUGCAGUAUUGAGGUGCAUCCCAGAGUUCGCUCCUGGGCCUCAUGUCUUUCUCAUUGUGCUCAAAGUGGAGAGAUUCACAGAGCAGGAGCAGGCCGUCAUCGCUAAAAUGCACCAAUACUUUUCUGACGAAUUUUUCCAGUAUGCGGCAGUCCUCUUCACUCACGGUGACCAGCUCCCUGAAGGACAGACCAUUGAGGAGUUUGUCAGAAGGGAAAAGAAAGUGAGCGAUCUGGUGGAGAAGUGCGGAGGCCGCUGCCACGUCAUCGAUAACAAAUACUGGAAGAACAACCCGCAGGAAGAAUACCGGAACAACCAGGUCCAGGUGAAGGAGCUCCUCAAGACAAUAGAGGAGAUGGUUGAGGCAAACAAAGGAGGAUGCUACACCAAUGAGAUGCUACAAGCAGUGGAGGAAAGAAUAAAGCAGGAGGAGGAACUCAUUAGACAGUCAGGAGUAAUGAUAUCAGUGGGAGAGAUCAGAGAGAAGGCCAAAGAGAACACGUUAAGCUGGCUUUGGGACUAUUUGACAGGAGGGGUUCAUCAGUUAUGGAGGAGCGUGUGGGGCUUCUGGGCUCAGCUUUAGAUGAAGGGUUUGCUUUAUUCAGCAGGCGGAGAAGCAGGAGCAGGCGUCACAGCAGCAGGAGUAGGAUGUGAUGCAGCUGAGGGAGCACACACACACACACACACACACACACACAUCUGGAAGCAGAGAGAGGUCAGCGAAGGUCGUCAUUGAUGAGAGAAAACAAUGGCGGAAAAGUAAUCCCUCACAAUUGUUUUUUAAUUAAAAUCGUGUUCCAGAUCCUAUUGAACCUCUGAGAUUAAUGUUUUUCUUUGAAUGUAUACUACGUUGUACGAGUUGUUUUGUUGAGGUGUCCAACAAAAAUGCCCGAACUAUAAACCUAUUUCUCUAUUCUGUGAAAAUAAUUGAUGCGUAAUUCAUUAAUUUGCUUAAUAAAUUAAAGCGUGAACACA